AUGAGUGAGAAAAAAGAUACGGUAUUUCAAAUAUAUUACCGUGGGAAGUUUGUUACUGAAAAAGAUGGAGAUGUCACAUACAGUGGAGGGGAAAGACAUAUGCUGCAGACACAAGCUGAGUUUCUGUUUAGAGGAUUGAUGGAGGAUUUUCCAAUGCCUUUGUAUGGUCAAAGAAUCUGGUACAAACUACCUUAUGAGAAGAUGAAGGAUCUGAAAAUAUUGGGUAAUGCUAGUGACACCUUUCGACUGAUGUGUGAAGCGGCUUGUUGUACAAAUUUUGUUGAAAUUUAUAUGGAGCAUGAGAAUGUCGAAGAUGCAGUAGUGAAUGAAGAGGUUCAAGAAGAAGAUCAGAAUAUUGGCGAGACAGAAGAGGUUGAAGAAGAUGAUAAUCAAAAUGGGGAUGAUGAGUUUGAAGAGGACAUUCGUGUAGAAGCUGUUAUAGGUGAGAUUUCUGAUGGAGAAGAUAAUGAAAACUACAGAGACACUCCUCCUUGUUCUGACGACGAAGAAGAACAAAAUCGUAGACCUUAUGAAGGAUGGAAGAGAGGCAGUGGAGAGUUACACAUAAGGCAAGUAUUUGAUAGCAUAAAAGAUUUUAAAGAUGCAGUCUUUGAGUAUGCAUUAAAAGGAGGUUGGAAUAUCCAAUUCACUAGAUGGGGAGAUAUAAAAUCUGAGGCAAAAUGUGGAGUAGAAGUUGAUGAAGGCGAAAUCCCAUGUUCUUGGAGGAUUUAUUGCUCGUUUGAAGAAUCUGUUUCACAAUGGAUGGUGAAGACUUUCCAAGAUGUCCAUAGUUGUUUCAAAGAUGGACACUGCAAGAUAUUAUCGGAUUCACGCAUUGCAAAGAUGUUCUUGAAUGAAGUGAGGGAGGAUCCAGAUAUUAAGCCCAAAGUCUUGCAAGACCAGAUUCAGCUGCGCUACAAUUUGAAUCCAUCUAGUGAACAAUGUCGAAAAGCGAGGAAGAAAGCUUUGGACCUCAUUCAAGCGGAGUAUGACGAACAAUUUCGCAGGAUCAAAGACUAUGAAAUAGAAAUUAAAAAGAGAAAUGCAGGAUCGUCGACAGAUCUUAGAACCGUUAUUGGGGCUGCUGGACUUGAAGUUUUUGAUCGUUUCUACGUUUGUUUUGUUGUUCUGCGAGAGACAUGGCUAGCCUCUUGUCAACCUAUUUUUGGGAUAGAUGGGUGCUUUCUCAAAACCAUGGCUAAGGGCCAACUUCUAGCUGCUGUGGGAAGGGAUGCAAACAACCAGAUUUACCCUCUUGCUUGGGCAGUGGUGCAUAAAGAGAACACUGACACAUGGGUUUGGUUCUUGCAAAAGCUGAAGAAAGAUUUGAAACUUGGAAACGGUGAUGGCUUCACACUUGUUUCAGAUAGACAGAAGGGUUUGCUUAUAGCUGUGGAUGAGGAGUUACCAAGCAUUGAGCACAGGAUGUGUGCAAGGCAUAUCUACGGGAAUUUGAGGAAGAUCUAUCCGAACAAGCCUCAGAUGAAGAAAUUGUUCUGGAGUGUCGUUGAAAGUCAUAACGAAGCCGACUACAAAGAAAGCAUGAAAGAGUUGGAGGAUUAUGAUAAAGAAGUCUACGAUGCGUUAAUGGCCAGGAACCCCGAGACUUGUAGUAGAGCCUUUUUUACGACGACAUGUUGUUGUGAAGAUGCUCUCAACAACAAUUCAGAGUCAUACAAUAAAACACUUGAGAAAGCACGUGCCAUGCCACUAGUUGAGAUGCUAGAGACAAUGAGACGACUAGCAAUGAGGCGUAUUGAUCUUAGGAAGAAGAAAAUUCAGAAGCACAAGGGGAAGUUCAGUUUGAAGGUUAGUAAGAUGAUUGAAUCCGAGACAAGAUUUCGGAAACAUUGUACAUCUCUUCCUGGACCUACUGGUGAGUUUGAAGUCUCUGAGAAUGGAAUGAAAUAUGCAGUUGAUAUGAGAGCAAGGACAUGUAGCUGUAGGAGGUGGGAUUUGACUGGGAUUCCCUGCAGACAUGCUCUCCGGAUUGUAUCAGAUCAUAAGAAGACUUAUAAGACUGACAAUUUGGUUUCACAUUGGUAUCUGACUUCUAAGUGGCAGCAGCAAUACUCAGACUCCAUCAAACCAGUAAGAGGAAUCAAGUUCUGGAAACCAUCUGGCGAGUCAACACUACAUGCCCCACCGAGAGAGAUAUCUAAAGGGCGUAAAAAGAAGCCUCAACAAAGAAUCAAGGGAGUUAACGAAUCUCCUACUAAAGGGAAAAAGGUAAGUCAACACGCUCGUGUAAUGCAUUGUUCUCGUUGUGGUUUACCUGAGCAUAAUUGUACUAAAUGCCCAAAUUCCGGAGUUCCUUGUAAGCCUCGACCACCUAAGAAGCAGAAAACUACAAGACCUGAGGAAAUUGCGGUCAGUGCCGGUGAAGGAGGACCUGCUCAAACUCAGCCAAGUCAGAGCUGA